GGCUGCGCGGGGCCGGGGCCGGGACGGGCUCCUGUUUGGGCAAGAUACUCCACGGGAACAGUAACCUGGGAAGAAGAGGAGACAGGUCAUCAGGAUGGCUGCUACUUCCCAGUUUGCCAAUAGAUACAAGAAGGAUUUGAGUACAGAAGCCCUCAGAACCAGGGUUGCCCGCAGGAAAUCCAUCCUUCAGAAGGAGAACAGGCACAAGCUCUUCGAAAAGGGCCGGCAGCUGGGGCUGGCAGAUGUCAAUGCUCAGCCCUCCAAGGAGAGGGGAAUUCCUGAGCUCAAGGAACCCAGGGAGUUGUGCUUUCAAGAGAACAGCAGUGUGAAACAGAAAGCAGCCCCAAAUGCAGCCACCAAGAGGAUGAACGAGCGCAGGGAGAUGCUCCAGCGCUACAAGGAGGAAAAGGAGCUUCGCAAACUGCAGGAGCAGAGAGAGAGAGCCAAGAAAGGGGUGUUCAAGGUUGGGCUGUACAGACCAGCUGCACCUGGAUUUCUUGCACUUGCUGCUGAGGAACCUGCAGCAGCAAAGCCAAGAGAGAAGGCAGCUCCUGCUUUCUCUGGAAGGAUUACUCGGUCAAAAGCCAAGAUCCAAGAAGGAAAAUCUAUGAUACCAAUUCUGAUACCAACUGUAUCUAAGUCCUCUAUGGUCAGUGCCCAAGGGCAGAGCGUGCGCUCUACACAGGCAGGACAUAAACAGAUGAGCACAGCCAAAGUGGCUGAAAAAGAGAAAGUGUUGCAGACUGCAGCCCAACCAGCCCCCAGUGUGAGAGUCACCAGAGCAGCUGCCUCUGCAGCCAGGCAGGUGCUGAAACCAACUUCUGCUACUGCUGGUAACCAGUCACAGAGAAAGGCAGCAAGUGUAGGAAAGCAGAAGAAAGCUGUCAAACCUGAUCCCAUAAAGGUCAUUUCUUCUGAACAUGAAGUGGAGACUAAUGCUGGAGUGGAUCCAGGGCUGAGAAGUUCUGCAGCUGAUUCCAAACACUCAAUGCCAGUAGAACUACAGCAAGAACAAACCUCAGUGGAAAACAACAAUUUUUCUCCAAGGAGACCCAGAACACGCUCCUUUGCACCUCAAAACUUUGUGUUUCAGCCUCUGAGUGGAUUGGCAACCUACACUGUGACACCCAUGUCUCCUUCAAGGGCAAAUGCUUUUUUGACACCCAGUGCUGUCUGGAAGUUUUCAAAGUCUCCAGUCAAAAUAUUUGAAAAAUCCAGUGAAACUAAAGCACAAAGGCCUAAUUUAAAAAGUCAAACUUCACCUUCUGUUGAAGGCAUUCAAGAACAGCAAAUGACCACAAGCUCGAAAGGAGGAGCAGGUGAAUCAGAUGAGAGAACUUCCACUCAGGGAUCAAGCAAAACAACUCCUGUCUCAACAGCACUUGCAGUGAAGUCAGAUGAUACAAUAGAGCAAGAGCAUGAUGUGCCCUAUUUCAGAAACAUUCUUCGGACUGAGAGGGAGAGGCUGCUGUCUCAGUGUCUGCAGUGGGAAGGGAACCUUGAGUUGGACAUUCCAGAGGAUGCUAAAGACCUGAUUCGCUCCACAGUUGGUCAGACAAGGCUGCUCAUAGGAGAAAGGUUCAAACAGUUUGAAGGACUGGUUGAUAAUUGUGAAUUUAAACGAGGUGAAAAAGAAACAACAUGUACAGACCUGGAUGGAUUUUGGGAUAUGAUUCAUUUUCAGAUUGAAGAUGUGAAUAAAAAAUUUGUUAAUCUGGUGAAGCUUCAAGACAAUGAGUGGCAGCCACUUGAUGUCCCAAGCAAAGCAGUUGCUAAGAAAAAGGCAGUUCCAAGUGGAGUGCCCAAGCCCAAGGUGGAAGAAGCUGCCAGAGCUGCUGCCCGGAGCCGCCUGGCUUCUGUGAAAGCAGCCAUGAGGGACAAAAUGAAGAAGGGGCCAGCUGCUGAGAGUGCACAUCAGGAGAGGCUGCCAGAGGCAGAAAAAGUGGUUUUUGAAGCAGGAUUUUUCAGGAUUGAAAGCCCUGUGAAAAACUUUUCAGGUUUGCUUCCAAGGACCCCUGGAAAAUUGGCAAAUCCAAGAUCAUCCACUAGAUCUUUGCUUGCUUCUCCUCUCUGUGGCCCUGAGGAUGCAACUGCAAAACAAACCCCAUCAGGCCUCAAAGGCUUCCACCCAGCACAAAGUUUGAAAAUGGACCAACUUCCCACUGAACAAUCUCCCCCAUUGGAUAAACUCCCUGAUGGCCUUGAACAAAGCAUUUCUGUGGUUGCAGAAGAAAUGUGUCUGGUUGCUGGCACAGCAGAGGGAAAUAAGGUCCUGGGAAAUUCUAGCAGUGAAUCAAAAGCAGUGGAUGGCAUGGAAGAGAUGGAACUGUCUGAACAGGACAAGGACAGACAUCUGUCAGAAGCUGCAGAGCAAGGACAAGACAUCAUCAUGUGCAGCCCAGAGAAGGAGACCAGCUCUGCUCAGUCUGGAGAGUCACAAAUGCAUCAGACAGAUGUUUCAUGCAGUGAUUUGACACUCAUUGACAGAAAUCCUUUUGAUAUGCCGAUGCUGGAUGCUGAGCUUCCCUUCACUCCAGUCAAGACCAGAGCCCAGAAGUUUGCAGCAGCUGAAGUAUUCUGUGACCUCAUCAUGUUUUCUCCUGUUGGUCCCUCUGGGGAUCAAUGAAAAGUGACUUUAAAUGCAAAAUGUGUAAAUGCUAUGAA